CUGCCCACGCUAACCGUUUCGGGGACGCUGCCUCAGGCACCGAAAAACCACCUCCGUUUCACUGUUAUCGGCUCUCGUCCAGACUCAUUUUUCCUCCUUCCUCAUCCCCCCUACCUAUUCUCAGCGCGUUUGUUUGACGACAAGGUCGUCAAAUGAACCUGCACUUGUUUUAUCGAUUUGGUAGCAAGCAUCGCCUCUUGUCUCUGAAGAGGUACCCCUCCAGAUAAAUGGUGUUUAAGCCGUUUACCCAUCUCGCCCGGCAAAGUUUCACCAAAGCUUUCACCCAUGGCUACGCUCAGUCGGUAGUCGCCGCCUCGCAGUCCUCCUACGCCUCCUCCACCACCCUAAACCAGCUCGCCAGCCAUCCCGCCAAGUUUACGCGGACUACUCAGCUUCAGAAUGUCUUCCAGAAUGCCUCGAGUUCGUCCGGCGCCGGCGGGGCAAAGGCCAGCCAGGGCGCCUCUGGCUCCGGAGAUUUCGGUCUAGCCGCCUACUACGCCGCCUGGCAGCAUGCUCAGCAGACCGGCGACGAUAGCGACUGGCGUCAGUUCCAAUUCAAGCGCCGCAUCGGCUGGAAGCCCACGGGCGAUGAGAUCGCGGACGCCGCCGCCGCCGCCAAGGAUGGCGAGGAGUUCGCACCCACCGAGCCGCUGCGCUCGCCGCACCUCACCAAGGCCUCGGUGAACGAGGAUGUCAGCGUGCAGGUCGAGGAGGCCGUCGCCCGCGAGAUCCAGAUCCAGGAGGAGCAGGCCAUGGCCGAAGAGGAGGCGCACAGCCACGCUGCCACCGACGCCACAUCAGGACACCACCCGCAGCAGACAACGGAGGAGAUGGCCCGUAUCGACGAGAAGGCCCAGGCGGCUUCGGAUCACAUCGUCGACCUGGUCUCCGCCAGGAAGUUUGCAGAGGUCCCCUCCGCCUUCGAGGCCCUUCUCAAGGAUGGCCUCACCCCGACCAUCGGGGCCUACAACGCCCUGCUGGUCUCCGCCAUCGAACUGCACGCCAAUGCCUCCCAGUCGAUCACCAAGGCCCUCGACGUCUACUCGGACAUGCUGCGUCGCCGCGUCAUCCCGAACGAGGAGACCUACAAGAUCCUGAUCCAGCUGCUGGCCACCCGCGCCCACGAUGCCGUCCUGGCCAAGGAGGUGCUCGAACAGGAGCGCGUCCGGUUCGGCGGCAUGGAAGAGCCCGGUCGCUUCAUGUUCCAUUCCAGCGAGCUCGAGUGCGAUCUCCUCGUCGAGGACCACUCACUGGCCAUCGCCGUCAAGCUCUUCACCACCGCGACCACCCGCCACGCCGCCAUCGUCUUCCCGCUCGACAUCUACCGCCAUCUGAUCACCGCCUGCGCCGCCGAGGGUCAGGUCGAAACCAUGAUCCGGGUCUACGCCCACAUGGAGGCCCACAAGGUCAAGCCCCACGCCUCCAUCUUCCCGCCCAUGAUCGACGCCUUCGCCGCCAGCGGCGAUCUCCAGAGCGUCGUCGAGACCUACAACGAAUACAAGUCGCUAGCCGUCUCCGACGACAACGGCGUCUUCAGCAUCGUCGACCGUCUCGAUGGCCAGGUCUACGCGGCCGUCGUGCGGGCCUACCUCGCCUGCGGCAAACAGGAGGCCGCCAUGCGCUUCCUCGACCGCAUCCGGGCCUCGUUCGACGAAGUGACGGAGAACCGCGAGGCACGCAGGGAAGCCAUCGAAUCCAUCAUCGUCGAGGGUGCUCUUGUGCAACACGCCAUCCGCAAGGGUGAUUUCGGAACCGCCCUGGAGCACGCCGAGUCCACUCAGCGUGGUCCCGCCCGCAAUCAGGCCAUGUCCCGCCUCUGCACCGCCGCAGCAGACGCAGGCAAUCUUACGAUCGCCUCCCAGGCCUACGACCGCCUGUCAACUGAAGUCGACGUCCGUCAGGGGGGUGCUGUUUCACUGCUGGCCCUCCAUGUGCGUCAGGGCAACGUGUCGGCUGCCCGCCCCCUUUGGAUCAUGCUCACCACGGUGGGUCAUGCAACCCCGGAUAUGGUCCAGCCGACCGCCAUGUAUUCGCUCGCCCUGAUCAAGAGUGGGCAGAUCGAGGAAGGCUUGGCCGAGGCUCGGAAUAUGUUCUCACGCAUCCGCAAUGCUGCUAUCCCUUCCUCCUCGCCGUCUUCCUCCACCAACCUCGCCGCUGCCGCCAACCUUUCCCCUAUCCGUGAACAGAUCAAUGAAGCUCUUGACCUCCUUGCCCGCGUCCUGAUGCAGACCGCCGCCGUCAUCUCGCCACAAGCUGCCAUGACUCUCCUCUGGUCCAUGGUGGAGAAUGGUGGCCUAGUGUCGCCCGUCGCUGAACAUGCCGUCGCCAGUCUUGGCCCCGCCGGUAUCUCUCAAUUGAAUUCUCAGGAUCUCACUCUCGCCCUUCGUGUCCAGGCCGGCAUGCUGGUCAACACUCCUUCUUCUACCAACAACACCACCACCACCACCACCACCACCAACCACAACAACAACAAUAACAACAAUGGCGUCAGCAACAUGCUCUUUGACGUCGCUCAUCCCAUCCGAUUCGCCCACAUGCUGGAUGUCGCCCUGUCCACCGGCCUGCCGAUGGAUUCGGUCACCACGAGCAUGGUCGACCAGGCUGUCUCCAAGCUCUUCAACAGCCGCCCGGACAUGGUGAAGCGCUGGCAGGAACAUGUCUCAUCCAUGACGGCCUCGUCGCCCUACAUGUCCGAUCGUCGGACGACCCCGGUCUCCGAGUCGUCGGUCGCCGGCAGCCCGGCCUCCUCCACCGACGACUCCUUCGAUCCUUACGCAUAUGCCACCGACUUCCGUGGCUCCGCCAUGAUCGCGGACGAGCUCGAGACCACCGGUGGCCGCCCAGAGUCCCAUCUCAACGAGGCGCUGAUCCGGUUCCGCAACAUGCGCCGCAUCGGGCGGCACCCACGCUACAUCACCUACGCCAAACUGAUCACCGCUGCCGCCAAGGUCAACCGCACCGACCUGGUACAUGAGAUCUUGAGCAUGGCGCGUCGUGACGUCCCGCUGAUCCCCCAUUACCACAUCGUCAAGUACGGCUGGGUCUCGAUCCUCGAUGCCAUGGUCGCCGCCUGCCUCAGCCUGGGCGACCGUGGGCUGGCUGCCAAGUACCACCAGGAACUACUGGAGCUGGGCUCGGCUCCCUCGGCCAACACCUUUGGGUUGUACAUCACGACGCUCAAGGAGUCGACCAAGACGUUCGACGAGGCGACCGAGGCGCUCAAGAUCUUCCAUCGGGCCGUGGCCGAAGGCGUGCAGCCGACCUCGUUCCUGUACAACGCGCUGAUCGGCAAGCUGGGCAAGGCCCGUCGCAUCGACGACUGCCUGCUCUACUUUGCCGAGAUGCGGGCCAACGGGGUGCGGCCGACGAGUGUGACGUACGGGACGAUCGUCAACGCGCUGUGCCGAGUCAGCGACGAGCGUUUCGCCGAGGAGAUGUUCGAGGAGAUGGAGUCGAUGCCCAACUACAAGCCGCGCCCGGCGCCCUACAACUCGAUGAUCCAGUACUUCCUCAACACGAAGCGCGACCGCAGCAAGGUGCUGGCCUACUACGAACGCAUGAAGGCGCGCCGCAUCCAGCCGACGAUGCACACGUACAAGCUGCUGAUCGACGCGUACGCGUCUCUGGAACCCGUCGACAUGCCCGCCGCCGAGAAGGUGCUCGAGACCGUCCGGGCGGCCGGCCAGCAGCCCGAGGCGGUGCACUACGCCUCGCUCAUCCACGCCAAGGGGUGCGUGAUGCAUGACAUAGACGCCGCACGCGCCGUGUUUGACCGUGUGGUAGCCGACCGCCGCGUCCGCAUGCAACCCUGCCUGUACCAGGCGCUCUUCGAGGCGAUGGUCGCCAACCACCGGGUCAGCGACACGGCGGCCGUCAUCGACGAGAUGAAGCGGCGCGGGGUCGAGAUGACGGCCUACAUUGCCAACACGCUGAUUCAUGGCUGGGCGGCCGACGGGCACGUCGAGCGCGCCAAGGCCGUCUACGACAGCGUGGGCAUCGACAAACGCGAGCCCAGCACCUACGAGGCCAUGACGCGCGCGUUCCUCGCCGCCGAAGACCGCGACGGCGCCGCCACCAUCGUCCAGGAGAUGCUCUCCAGGGGUUAUCCCACCGCCGUGGCCAGCAAGAUUCUCGACCUCAUCGGCGGCGGUCCUGCUGUCUGAUUCGUCUGAGCUUAACUUUAUGAGACUUGGUUUUUUUCUCCCCGUCUACCAUUUGAUAUUUCGUUUAAUCCUGGGCUGGAUCCCAUUCUCCAGUGUCAGAGACACCUUUUUCCCUUUUUCUUUUUUUUCUUUUCCUUUUUUCUAUUGCAUUUCGCAUUGCCAGGUGGCACGGAGUUCAGGCUGAUUCAUAGCACAUGUAUACCAUCUUGUCUUGACUUUUGUUCUGCCAUAGUGCCACCAUAGACCCAUCUCUACUCUCUGCUCGCCAGAAUAUAAAUGUUGCAGAAUAA